AUGGAGCAUCGUAAAAAUUUUCAGUAUACUUCAGCGACUUUUCAGAAUGAGCUACUGUCCAUUAUUGGGGAACAAAUUAAGUGUCAAAUUGCUAAAGAAUUUAAAGAGGCCAAGGUUUUUGCAAUUAUAGCUGAUGAAACUCAAGAUAUAGGAAAACACGAACAAGUAGCUAUUGUCUUGAGGUAUGUUAAUGAAAAGUUAGAAGUUCAUGAGUCAUUUGUGGGGUUUUACCGUGCUAAAAGAACUGAUGGCAAAACACUGGUAAAUGAACUUAAAAAUGAUUUGAUUUCAAUGGGUUUGAACAUUAAAAAUCUGCGUGCUCAGUGCUAUGAUGGGGCAUCGAACAUGAGGGGUCCAUACAAAGGAGUGGCAGCUAUAAUUAUGCAAGAAGCCCCAAUGGCAAUGUACAUUCACUGCAAUGCACAUAUAUUGAACUUAUGCAUUGUUAACUGUUGCAUGCGCGUGUCUUCAAUUAGAAAUACGUUCUUUGUAAUUCAAAGUAUUUACAACUUCAUUGAGAAAUCAACUAAACGACAUGCUAUUUUUAAAAACAUUAAAAAAAGUUUCCAGAGCUUUAGUGAUGGACAAGCCAAUGCUUUGUUGAAAAAUCUGGAGGACUUCAACUUUGUAUUUGACCUGCUAUUACUGAGGAGAGUUCUAGCACAAUGUGACAUACUAUCAAAAACUCUUCAGUCAAGCAGUGUUACCUACGAAAUUGUGAAAUCUGUAAAAAACAGUUCACUUGAAGUAUUGAAAUCUUUCAGAACAGAUGAGUUUUUCUCAAAGUUGUUUAAUCACUCGACAGAAAUCGCUGACAAGUGCGGAUUUAGAGCUGCCCAGCUGCCAAGACAGGGAAAAAUCCCCUCGAAAAUUGGGGGAGGGAGUAAAGCCCCAUUUCAAUCUGUAGAGCAUUACUACAAAGUUUCAAUUGUCUGGCGAGUUAUUGAUAUCCUAAACGAGGAGAUAGAGGCCAGUCUUCAAGAAAACAACCUGGAUGUACUUAACAAUCUAAGCAAAGUUCUAGGUGGAACUGAUGAAGAUGCAGCCAGUGUUAAAUAUGUGUGUAAAUAUUACAAUUUAGACAAUGAACAUCUUUUGUCUGAAUUGAGAUGUUUCUAUAAAAUGGAAGAAUCAAGAAACAAAAUUAUUCAAGAAAAAGCUGACGUUUUUGUACAAAAAUCUUUGAAAAGUGUGUUCCCUGUGCUUUUUGAACUUUUUCGUCUGUUUUUUACGAUUCUAAUGAACUCGACAUACACCAGAAACAAGAUUGGCCAGGAGAGGUUGUCCUCGUUAGCACUUUUGGCUAUUGAAAGAAGUAUUGAAGUAAACAUUUCCAAAGUUAUUGACGACUUUAAUUUAAGCCAGAAGAGAAGACUUAAUUUUGUGUAA